AUGGCCAUUCACAUCGAUGGGAUAGUCGCUAUUGUCCUGUUUUAUCUCCUGAUUUUAUGUGUUGGAGUGUGGGCUGCUUGGAAAAGUAAAAACUCGAACACAGGACAAGACCGGAGUGAAGCGAUAAUGAUUGGAGGAAGAGACAUCGGGUUACUGGUGGGUAGCUUCACCACGACAGCGACCUGGGUUGGCGGUGGUUAUAUCAAUGGCACGGCAGAGGCAGUUUAUGUCCCUGGAUACGGCUUGGCCUGGGCUCAAGCUCCGUUUGGAUAUGCACUCAGCCUGGUUGUAGGUGGUUUAUUUUUCGCUAAACCCAUGCGCUCAAGGGGCUACGUGACCAUGUUGGAUCCAUUUCAGCAGAUCUACGGCAAAAGAAUGGGCGGAUUACUCUUCAUCCCCGCUCUCAUGGGAGAGAUAUUUUGGUCUGCAGCCGUUCUCUCCGCUCUAGGUGCAACGUUGAGUGUGAUAGUGGACAUCAAUAUAAACCUGUCGGUUGUAAUUUCUGCGGUGAUUGCAGUUUUUUACACCCUGGUCGGUGGAUUAUACUCAGUCGCAUACACGGACGUGGUCCAGUUGUUCUGCAUUUUCUUAGGAUUGUGGAUCAGCAUUCCUUUCGCCCUGUUAAAUCCAGCCGUGACAGACAUCACCAUCACUGCGAGCCACGAAGUUUACCAGGAGCCUUGGCUGGGGCAUGUAGAAACACCAGAUAUCCUGACCUGGAUAGACAACUUCCUCUUACUGAUGUUGGGUGGGAUCCCGUGGCAAGUAUACUUCCAAAGGGUCCUUUCUGCUUCUUCUGCAACUUAUGCUCAGGUCCUCUCCUUUCUGGCUGCUUUCGGUUGCGUGGUCAUGGCUGUCCCGUCUGCACUUAUCGGUGCAAUUGGCGCAUCUACUGACUGGAAUAAGACUUCCUACGGUUUGCCAGAUCCCAAGAACAACAAUGAGACUGAUAUGAUUUUGCCAAUAGUACUGCAGCAUCUAUGUCCAGCCUACAUUUCAUUUUUUGGUCUUGGAGCUGUCUCCGCUGCAGUGAUGUCAUCGGCAGAUUCUUCCAUUUUGUCAGCAAGUUCCAUGUUUGCUCGGAAUAUUUACCAUCUUGCAUUCAGGCAACAGGCUACAGACAAAGAAAUAUUGUGGGUAAUGCGAAUCACUGUAUUUCUAUUUGGAGGAGCUGCAACAUCUAUGGCACUGUUGGCUCAAUCUAUCUACGGUCUAUGGUAUCUGAGCUCCGAUCUCGUCUACGUUAUUAUCUUUCCUCAGUUAAUAUCAGUACUCUUCAUCAAGGGAACAAACACAUACGGCUCCAUCGCUGGAUAUAUCAUUGGUUUUUUGUUUCGAAUUAGUGGUGGCGAACCAUAUUUACAUCUGCACCCAUUUGUUUGUUAUCCAGGAUGCUAUUUAGAACAUAGCUUUGGAGGUGAACCGAUCUACGUUCAACGAUUCCCCUUUAAAACCAUGUCAAUGUUAUUCUCCUUCUUAGGUAACCUUGGCGUUUCAUAUCUGGCUAAACACCUGUUUGAAAGUGGAAUAUUGCCACCAAAAUUAGACUUUCUUGACAGUGUUGUGUCACGACAUAGUAAGGAAAACAUGGACAAAACAACCUUGGUGAACCAUGACAACAUUACUUUGUCAGAGCUGGUGCACGUUAAUCCAAAACACAGUGCUUCAGAUAAUGCUGCUUACAGCAAUAAGGAAGCAUUUGAUGACACUGAGCCAAAUCCUGAAUUUUCCAAAUCAGACAAUGAUUGAUCCUCAGAUCCCGUUAUCUAUU